UACCAUUGUUGAACAUUUAGCAAACUACAGGAUAGAAGUAAAGAUUUAAUCAAAAAUCAAUUGAAACUGAAUCUGAAGCAAUGGCCAGCAACACAGUUAACGAACCGAAAUUUAGGAACAUUGAAUUAAAAGCAAAGCUUGAUGGUCCUGACGGUUACCAGCGUCGUGUUGCAAUUGCAAAAGAACUCACCAAUUCUGAAGGCACCGUAAUUCACCAGAACGAUGUGUUUUUCGUCACUUCUGUCGGGCGACUUAAGCUCCGCUAUUUAACGCAUAAGAAGUCGGAGCUGAUCAGCUACUCCCGGCCCGACGUCCCCGGACCAAAACUCUCAGAGUAUUCCAAAAUGGACAUUGAUGAACCCCACUGCCUGGAGGAAAUUCUUGCGGAAACCAUCGGUGUACGAGGAAGAGUUGUGAAGAGACGGCUACUGUUCCUAUACGGCCAAACGAGAGUGCAUUUAGAUGAGGUGGAACAAUUAGGCAACUACCUAGAGUUCGAGGUGGUUUUAAAGCCCAAUCAAACUAUUGAGGAGGGUCAAGCGAUAGUGGAAGAUUUGAAACGUACGUUCGAGUUAGAUGAUCAUCAACUGAUAACUGGGGCUUACAUAGACCAUAUAGAAAAGAAUAAAGUUGAUUCAUAGGAUAUCCCAGUGAUUUUACAUGUAUACUUAAUCAUUUCUUUCCAAUGAAACGAAAAUAAACGCUUUACAAAAUA